AUGGCUACCACAUCCUCCCUCCGCGCACCACCUCAAAAAUGGUCUCUGAAUGACCUCAGCUCCGAGCUGCUAGCUCUGAUCUUUGAGCAGCUUCGAGAGAUUGAUGAGCGUGCAGUUGCUGCUACCCGGUGCUUGUCCAGACGGUUCGAGGCCAUCGCGACUCCUGUAACCUACCAGACAUUAUGUCUUAAUGAGCGCAUCGUAGCACCAGAUGCGGAAACGCGCUACCCUAAUCUUCUGCGCAACGUCUCUACCUUUACGAACCACGUCGUCGUGCGGAGCGACUUGGACCCGGACGGCAUUCGUAGAGUGCUGGAUCGGGUCCAACGACUGAAAACCGUACGGUGGCACUAUGUGGACGCCGAGUUCAGAUCAGGGCGACUUUGGCUCCCAUCAGACGUGCUGAAUCCCCAGCAAACGCGGUUCAAUGGCACCAAAUUAUUCGUCGAAGACCUUCCGCUUCGCGAGUUCGAGGGACAACUCCGAGACACCUACGUUCGAGCGAUACCGACCGACCUCCUGGUUUCUCUCAAACUGGCCAGUCCAGCGCCGCCCCUGACCACCCGGCUGAACUCGUUGAAGCAACUCCUUCUCCUUUCUCGACGGCUACAGACCUUCCACUACGAAGACCGCGGUCAAGGCACGAACUUCAAGUUCGCUCAGGGCGAACGGUUACCCCCGUUGAAAGACCUGGUUCUCAAGUCUUACGAUUGGAAUCACACCAAGGAGGAAACCCGAGAAUACUGGGACUUCACUCAGCUCGAGUCCCUCGACUUGAUAUCCGUGCCGGUUUUCAACUUCUUGUCGUCCGUCGACUUCACCCAUCUGACAGGCCUACGCCGGCUACAUUGCGAGGACUACAGCGCUCACCUCGUAGACAAGCGACAAGAGGCAACAGGUGGCAUGUAUCUGCUUGUCGCCAACCACAUCCGUGCUUUGCAGACGCUGAGCAUCAGCUGCCACAUUCAACUAUUCCCUCUCGACGGAAUUCUGCGGCACGGGAAUUCAUUGCAGGUACUUCGAUUUCGAGACCAUGUGGGAUUCGGCGAGGAGGACCGGCGAUGCCCAACGCUCUGGGCCGAAGACAUCGCGACCCUGGCUCAGGGGUUACCGCAUGUUCACACGCUCGAAUUGGACAUGGAUGUGGCGCUCUGCGAUCCUACCGAGUUCCUCCGCGCCAUCUGCAACUUCCGCAGUCUGCACACGCUCACGUUACACGUCCAAACGGUCCUCCAUCCUCUCGAAGUCGUCCACCCGGGCAUGGAUCGCGACUACGAUGCGGCCGCCCGCACUUUCCAGUUCCUGCUAACUGGGAAGGAGCUGGUCAACCCCGAUGUACCUUGGAAGCAGAUUACCAUCAACGUAGGAGGAUGGCGAAAGGUUAUGGUCCGCCGAUUCAGCGCCGCGUGGCGCCGGCAGAAUGAGAACGGCGUCUUCGCCGAGCGGUGCUUCGUGCUGGAGAGGAACGAGUCCGGGCUGAUGUCGUACCGCGAGGAGAUGAGCGUCGAAGGGCGUUCGUCGACACCGACGCCUGACCCGCCAACACCGCACAUGGACACCGACUACGACUAA